UCGCUCAGGAUUCGCUCAACCAGGAGCUGCCACUCGUUUGGAAUAUCAACCAUGCUUCCACUCUUUUUUUUCGCUACUUUUGCUACACUUUCAUUGGCCAAGACUGUUAGAUAUGAUUUCGAUAUCGGCUGGGUGACGGCUGCUCCGGAUGGGUAUGCAAGGCCGGUCCAGGGCAUCAACGGGCAGUGGCCCCUUCCUAUCAUUGAGGCCGACGUGAACGAUACAGUCAUUGUCAAAAUUCAUAAUUCGCUCGGCAACGAAAGCACCUCUCUGCAUUUCCAUGCACAGUAUCAGUAUGGUACCGGGGUUUCUGAUGGUCCCGUCGGUGUGACACAAUGUCCCGUCUACCCCGGUCAAUCGUAUACCUACAAGUUUAAAGCAUACCCGGCGGGAACGCACUGGUACCACAGCCACGUGAAAGGCGCCUACCCCGAUGGACUGAGAGGUAAAAUGAUAGUCCAUGACCCUGUAUGGGAGGAUAGUCUCAAAAUCGACAAGCAAAUACCGCUGAGCAUGUCCGACUGGUACCAUCGGCAAAUGCCAGAUCUUUUGAAUGAGUACCUGGGCACGGAAAACAGAAACGGGAACAUCCCGAUCCCCGACUCUUUCCUCUUCAACGAUACAACAGCAUCGCCGGAAUUUGUGUUCGAGCCAUUGAAGCGAUACUUGCUUCGUAUAGUGAACAUGGCGGGACUCGCCUGCGGCAACUUUCACCUCGAAAACCACAAUCUUACCGUCGUUGCUGUGGAUGGUAUACCAGUUGAGCCGAGAAACACGAGCACACUUCAGAUCUGUGCGGGGCAGCGAUACGACGCUAUUGUAGUUGGCCAAAAUCGUCCCAACACAAGCACUCAAUACAUUGCGAAGAUGGCGAAAGAUAUGUUGACCAACGAUACUGCACCGCCAGAUGAAAAGCUUUCGGUGAUUGGAGGGAUCUCAUACACUCGAAAUGGCACCCGCGUACCCAUCAAACCGGAGUACACAAAGAUGCUUGUUCCUUGGUGGGUACCUCGUGGAGCUUUGGACGAUAAGACCCUUGUUCCCCUCGAUCGGCAGCCUCUGUACAGAAACGUUACCAAGAGAAUCAACUGGAGCACGAAGCAAGUCUAUUAUGAAGGUAUUGGAACCAGAAUCGCUGUCGGAGAGCAGCCGUGGACGGAACCAAAGGUGCCAACUCUUCUAACUGCUCUAACCACGGGUAAAUAUGCAAACGAACUCUCAACGUACGGGAAAGGCAUCGCGCCCGAACUUACGCAGUUGAACGACAUCGUCGAAAUUUACAUGGAAAACUCUCAACCUUGGCCCCAUCCAAUGCAUUUACACGGACACAACUUUCAGCUUGCCGCCCGCGGCAAUGGUACAUGGAAUGGCGAUGAAUCUGUAUUGAAUCCGAUUCCAAUGAGGCGUGAUACAGUCGUCGUGCCUCCUGAAGGUUAUAUUGUUCUCCGUUACAAAGCAGACAACCCAGGUGCCUGGCUGUUCCAUUGCCACAUAGAUUUCCAUCUUGCGGCGGGUAUGGCAGCUAUCAUUAUCGAGGCUCCCAGCGUGCUCCAAAAACAGCAAUCGUUGAACGCUCAGGUUAUAUCAACUUGCAAGACCAGCAACAUGUGCCCGGUGGGCAAUUGUGCCUGUCGACCUGGACAAAUCUCGGCUGCCGAUUCAGACAGUCAAUGCAACACCAUCUUCAACUCGCGUGGGAUGGAAGAUGGAGCGUUGAUCACGCCCGAAGAAUUCCGGCCGAUGUAUCAAAGCAAGUCGUUACUUGUAAAGGGCUGA